AGCAGGAGCUUUCACUGACCAUGCAGGAGCUUUCACUGACCAUGCAGGAGCUUUCACUGAACAAGCAGGAGCUUUCACUGACCAAGCAGGAGCUUUCACUGACCAUGCAGGAGCCUUUGGGUGCUUUCAUUGUAAAGGUCUGUGCAUUAUUGAUGUGUUGCUAUGAAAAGUUUCCCCUCUUUGCAUACAUUGUAUUGCCUUAUAUUUAUAUUUCUUUGGUGGAAAAACGUUCUGUUUUUAAUAUUUUAUUUCUUGCUUUCUUUGCUUUCAAGUUGUCUGCAUCAUUGAAGGUUCCAUUUGUGCGAAAUUUAAUUUCUUCUGUGGUGCUAGAUCAUGAGAUCCGUGCAGUGUUUUUACUUUCACAAAGGUGGUCACAUACUUAAUAAUAGCAUUACCUCAUUUUAGUUACGUUUAAGAUCACAGCUCUGCAUGUGAACUCAAUGAUCCCGUUUUUUCUACGUUCAGUCUGGUCGCUUCUGGCUUGUUACAAUCUAAGUAAAAUACACUGUGGUGAAUUUUCAAUAUCAACAUAGUCAAUAAUCAUAGGAGCUGUAUGAUACUUUUCAUAUAUAUGGUGAGAUCACCAUUGCAGAUGACUGUGAUGUGCAAAUGAGUCCUCUAACCCAGUACUCAUGCUGCAUUUGAUUAGAAUUCAUGACUCAGAAUUUCCGAGCUUCAGCUAGGAAAAACCAAAGAAAAAUGCAGCUUAAUUCAAAGUUCCUACUUGGAAACUAGGGGCAGUCUCUUCAACACCAAGUUCAGUGAUAGACAUCAAAUCAACAUGGCAGCUCACAACAUCAGAAUUACAACAGAAGACACAUUUGCUUGUUAAACACUGACUAUACAGUUCACUGGAAAAUAUACUCAUCACUCACCACAGUUAGCUGACUAGCCAACAAAAGAUCUACAGGAAGGUGUCUGUGGUUUUUCCCCACUUUGUAGCUCGAAAAUGAUGGAAUUCUGACUUCCACCUUCCUUCUUCCGAGUCAAGUCGAAUGCAGCAUAAAUGUUUUCAUAUACACUUCAGUCUCUUGGAUCUGGUCUAAUGUAUUAAAACAUUUCACUUCGUCGAUCAAAUAUAUCAAAAUAACACAGAUCAUCAAUGUUGCAAGGACUGUUCAACAGUAUUUCAUAUUUACUGCAUCUAAUAUUACUUUUCAGUGUAAUCACAAUAACUUUCCUCUGUUUUUAUGCCAGUCCUGCAAUAUGUACCAGGUCUACAUACACAGCAAAUCUGGAUGAUUAUUAUUAUUAUUAUUAUUAUUUUUAUGUCUUCACUCUCUUGUAGUAUUUUUUUUUUCUUACUGAUUGUGCUGCCUGGAUCAUGUUCUUGUGACUCAGUGUUGACCAGAAAGGCCGUUGGUUUCAUUUCAUGCUACAAUGUACAUUUCCUCAGAAGCAUAACUUCACCAUUACUAGCUCCUGUAAGCCAUAUUAGGAUCUGUUGUCACCUCUUGACCGUUUUAUAAGUCAAAGCACAAAGGUUAUUUCACGAACAGGAGUUAACAGUGCUAACAUUGUAACGUCUUUGAUGUAUUUCAAAUAGGUCUGUUUGCCAACAGGCUCAUCUGUUUAUUUUUUUUAUAUGCUUUUUAAAAACAUGUAUAUCGGUACCUCCGUAUGUGAUGAAAUUAUAUGUGUUUGUGUAUGUACAUCAAAUAUAUAUAUAUAUGUCUUUUUGGUACAGUAUCUGUAAGUAAACUGUAAGUACUGUAUUUCCAUAGUAAAUAGCUAUAUUUAGUUUGGGUAAUACAGUAAUACAGGCUAAUGAACUAUGGGUUCAAGAAGAGAAGGUUUAUUUUAAAUAUACUAAAUUAGUAGGGAAUUACAGGACUAAAGGGCUCGCCGUGGUGAAUCAGUAGAAACAGCAUGUACUGUGUUAAUGCUGUAGACAUCCUAAAGACAAAAUGAAAUCAAAACUGACCUCUCGAUCAAAGGAAAAAAAAAAGCAGCAAUGCUUUAAAGACAGAAACGAUUGCGUUCGGACUGAUUGCUAGAUCCGACUUUAUUUUUGUCCAUCAUUCGCCCGUUUUUCACAAGCCACUCAAAUCGCAAUGGAUAAACCUGAAGUUUCACUCAGAAUUCAUGAAGCUGAAGAAAAAUGUGUUCGAAUUUCAGUUUCAGGUCUUUAAGUUUUCCUCAGGGUCUAGUGUUAUAUUUGUGUUAUAUUUGAGUCAAAUACAUUUUAUUGAAAAAACAUAUCGAAUAUAUCAUAGCAGCAUUCUGAUAUUCUCAAAAAUUCUGAUUCAUAGAUAUUUUCUGAUGUAGUAACACUUUUCUCUUACGUGUUCAAUACUAUUCAAAAUUUAUAAUUCAGAGAGCAUGUGGCAAAUCGGCUUUUUUAAAAAUUAAUUUAUUUUUCUUUUUUUUUUUAAUACGCAGGAUGUACCAAAAAUCUCCAUACACAGGGGAAAUUAGCACUUUUUAGCAAAAUAGUUCCCAAAAUUUUUCAUGCUUAGUUUAUAUUAGAUUUUUUUUUUCAGAUAGCCUUUAAGAGUGCCUUUUGACAAAAAAAGAACGUAUUGAAAUCAUUCUCAUGGUUAGAUCGGGAAGCUGUCGCAAGGUUGUGAUGGACUUUAACAGAAAACAUGGCAAGCACAUCGCACACGACACUGCUGCCAAACUUAUUAACAAAUUCAUAAAGACUGGAAAUGUUGAGGACCAACCGAGAAGUGGACGUUCCCCAACAUCCACUGACGAAGGUGCAACUGACGUGGUGCUGGUGUACAAUUUCCCCUAUGUAUGGAGACUUUUGGGACACCCUGUAGAUUAUAUUUAGUAGUUAAAGUUAGAAGUAAAUGUAUGUAUUACGAUGGUAGGAGCGGUUAAAGUUAUGAGACGUUUUCAUAAUUAACCUUCCCUAGUUUUAAAUCUGUGUGCUAAUCUACUGGAAAUAUAAAUUUGAAAAUGAAAAUAUAAUAUGUAUAUAAUACCAUAAUGAUCAUCAUUCUUGAAACAGCUGAAUGUCUUAGAACAAUACAAAAAAAAAAACUUUUGGAUUAACUGAAAGUUAAGAAAUGACAUGUUAAUGAAAUGAGUAAAGUAGAAAAGAGAAAUGAUAUUAGUAAAACUGCUGUAAUGCCAACUUCACAUGCAUAUAUGGUGUGUGUGUGUAUGUGUGUGUGUUUGUGUGUGAUCUCAGUACACAGGGAGGGACUUGUGGGGAAAUGGAAACUUAGUUUUCCCCAGCACCAAAACAAACCCAUCUUCUGGUGGGUUUAACACACACUAGUUCACACAUUGCACUCAUGCAGAAACGCGCACACACACACACACACACACACACGUUAAAUAGUAACAAACACCCACACUGCGGUCAGCCAGGAUGAAUUGCUCGCGACAGCAGGGGAUACUGAGAGUGUGGACAAUUUUUUUCUUUGUAAUACAGGAAGUGCACUGUUCACUCCCGUCUCCCCAAAAUGUAACCAUCGUCUCCUUUAAUCUGGAGCACAAGCUCACGUGGACACCAGGUCCUGGCACAGCAGCCUUCACACACUUCAGAGUGCAGAGCUAUAAUCAGAAGAGGAAGCUCUGGAUUUCAGUGAAGAGCUGUUCUGAUGUACAAAUUGGCGAGUCAUGUGAUUUGACCAAAUCUUUCAAGGAAAUGUUCGGUGUUUAUCAAGCCCGAGUGCAAGCAUUUAAUCAGGUCCAGGAAUCCAACUGGACCACAUCGAAAUUCUUUACUCCCCUGCUGGACACAACUCUGGGUCCUCCACUUGUGUCGCUGACCGGUUGUGGAAACUGCCUCCUCCUGAAACUCAGUCCACCAGCCAGUGUGGAGCAAAACCAUGACCCACUGACCAACUUUUUUCAAGAGUACACUGUCACUGUGUCCAGGACUAGAGACAAAGCACAGUUUGGUAUGAAGGCAUCCAAUGGAGAGAAUUUGAUCAACUACCUAGAGCCGGGAGUGGAGUACUGCAUCACGGCCACUGCAGUAACAAGCUUUAAAAACCUUGCUCUUCCUUCUGAACCUCACUGCACCUACACAAGUCCACAGCCGUUCAACACAGUGGCCAUGUUUUUGAGCGCACUGUGCGCAGUCUUCCUCUUGGUGUUGCUCCUCUGUGCAGCUCUGAACUACACCGGCCAGCUCGGUAACCUCCACACACCACUCCCAAGAGCUUUAGUGAGUUUCUUACCUUUGGUGGAAAGAAGGUGGGAAACUUAAGAAGUGCUGUUGCGUUAUUGAUUUUAACACGGACAUGAUCCAACACCCGUUUUAUUAAGAAACAGCGUUCAUGUAAGGGGUGAGGUGCUCUUAAUGAAAAAUAAUGAAAUAUGAAGCUUUUGCUGAUCUCUCUCUGCAAAACAUUCCAUGUUUCUCUCAUUCUUUGUGUGGAGGGUCUUCCAAACUCAUAAGACACAGAAGAGGCUGCUAUUUCAGAAUUUUUGUCAAGUAGAAGAUGUUAGAAAAGGUUCUUUGGGGGACUUAUUUUUGAUACUUUAUUUUGGCUUUUCUUUAGUACAAGAACAUUGUAAAAAUAAAGAACUAAAAAAAUUAGAAGACAAACAUUAUUUUCAUCAAUUAUUUUCAGUCAGUAGCUUCCUACAUCAUACAUCAUACAGAGUCAUUCCAAUUUAAGGCCAAUGUCGCAGUAGGUGGGUUGCAUUACAUUUAGAUAUAUCAGUUGGAGUGUUUUUGUCAUAGAAACUUUUUGCUGUGAAUGUAAUCAAUUUCUCCAAAGUUAACAUAAAUAUAAAUAUUUGAUCCUUGACAUAUACAUACUAUACUAUAAGCCUUAUUACAUACAAUAUAUUACAUAUUACAUGGACAAUUUCAAACCACUGGGCCAUUGGAGGACUCGGUUGCUACCAUUUUGGAGUAACAGCUUUUCUGCCCACUGCCAAAAAUAUCUUCCAGUACUUAGUAUCUCCAGCCAGUACUCACACAAAUCUCACCCAGUUCUCCCAGCAGAAGACCCAGAAGGUCCUAGAGUUACUAGUAGUACUCUGAGUUUGUCACGUCUUCCAUUUCUACUUCUGCAAUUUGAGGGUUCAUUUCAGGAGACAAUUCUGAACCUGCAUGUUGUCCUGCUCUCCAGUGUAAACAGAGUGACAGCAUGGAGUUUUACACCCAGAACAAGGCAAGAUCAGUGAAGCUGGCAUGGAACUGUCUUAGGAAAAUUGAACCUUUAGAACUUUAGACAUUAAUCCAUUAUUAUUAUUAUUUCCUUGUUUAUAUAGGAAUAAUCAUAAAAUUAUUUUAGGUGGGUUUUAAUAUCAACAAUAUACCGUUUAUCACUGUUUAACAAUCACGGUUGCUUCAGCAGUGCUGGAGUAAUGCUGAGUGAUGUGCAUUGAAGGGGGUGAACUGAAAAACGUUAGUGUCUGUUUGCAAGAAAACUAAUUAUAAUUCUUUUGUAAACAUGUAAUCAAUACACAUUUAAAGUGAAGAAUAAUGUAACUCCUUUUAAAAUUUUCCUUUAGAUGUUUUUUUUCAGACUUUGCAUAAUACAAUCUUCAAGAAUGAACCAUAAACAUGAGUGAAACGUGCAUUAUGGCACGUUGUCAGUUGUUCUUAGUUAAACAUAAACUCCUCAGUGAUUUUUAUCAUCUAAGGACUACUCUUUUUGGUCUGGUAAGUUAUACUGUAUACAGUGUUGAAAAUACAAAAAGAAAAAACUGAUGUCUAACACGUCAUUGACGUGUCCAUGUAUGGACAAAUGUGUCCAUGGCAAAGUAAUUUUUUGAUUGAGGAACAAAACAGUUGAAUGAGAAACAAAAUGGCAGUGGAAAGGCAGCACAAAACUGCACACAACCUGUCAGGUUGGUCAGGGUAAGACAGCUAUUAGCUUGUAGUGUAACAUCCCAAAAAUGAUAAAACGUGAUAGUAAAUAUCUUUGUGUGAAAAUGGUUUUUUUUAGACAGGAUAUGUAAAUGAAGUGAAGUAUAUGAAGUGUAAAUAGUAUAUGAAAGUGUACAUAGUAUAUGAAACUAUGAAACUUACUUAGUCUCCAGGUUUUCACCAAUAACAAGUUGAAAGGACUUACAUUUUCAAAUGUGAGACCUAGCCUACUAUUAUUUUAAAUCUUUUCACUGAAAACACUCAUGAGACUAUGUUUCGCCCUCAGAAGUUGUGGGUCAAGUCUAUUUAUUGAUUACAUCACAUCUUGUAUGUCUGUGGUAAAAAUAACUGGGCAUAAACCUCUUAGCCCCAAAACCUACGAAAACUGGAUUUAGUGCUAAUUAUAGUUGAACUCAUGUCAAGAGGUGGAUUCUUCCAUUAAAUGCCAUUCAACAUGCACAAUGGCCACCUGCUGAGCAGCACCUUAAGAAGUAUCAUUUGUACACAGUUGUGUCUACCUUGGCUUAAUGUUCGUUCAUCCCAGUCUAUAUGCUCUUUGGUGAUUGUGAGUGAUUCGCACCCUCAAUAGGAAGCAGUAUAAACAGCAUCGUGAUAAAUAAAGUACAUUGUCAGCACUAUUUAUGAGUGCUGUGUGUUACUGUCUGGCCAGGUCCACCAUUACGAUGUGUUACAAAUCCUCCUGAUGACUCGGAUAUACGACCUACAAUAAUUCUGAAGGAAAUUAUAAUAAUAAUAAUAUAUAGAUAGAUUAAUAAAGAAAUAAAUAAACUUUAAAACUUUUGUAUGUCUGAGAUAAUAUUCCUCUUGUACCACAGCGAAUUACAAUGGUUAAUUAAUUAAUGAAUGACACACUAUGCUUUUAAUAGAACAUCCGCAAGACUCGUGUCUCAGGACAGAGGAGUUUAUGCUUUGCGUUUUCUCAAAACCAUCAACAAGUGGAGAAAAUGGGGCACCACAGUAACAGUACCAAGAGCAAGAUGUCCCUCCAAAACUGACAAAUGGACAAGAAGAAAACCUAUCAGGGAGACUGCUAAGAGACCUACAGCAACAUUAAAGGAGCUGCAGGAAUAUCUGAUAAGUAGUGGUCACUCCCUGCAUGUGACAACAAUCUCUCAUAUUCUUCACAUGUCUGGGCUAUGGGGUAGAGACGCUAAAAAAACCUGCAAUUUUAACAGGGGCGUAUAGAAUUUUUUUCUAUUCACUGUACUUCAAUUCAAUUCAAUUUUUUUUGGCAUCAUACAUAUACAGUGCUGUAGCGCAGAAUGAAAUUCAGCUAGCCUCAGGUGUAAACGUAUAACGUGUUAUUGCAAAGUAACAUGACACUAAUUAAGCAGCAUACACAACAUAACAUUUACAUACAUUUUAUGGCAUUUGACCCUUAUCCAGAAUGGCUUACAUUUAUCUCAUUUAUCAUUUAUACAACUGAGCAGUUGAGAGUUAAGGGCCUUGGUCAGGGCCCCAGCAGUGGCAGCUUGUCAGUGCUGGGAUUUGAACUCACAAUCUUCUGAGCAGUAGUCCAGUAGCUUAACCACUGAAGUACCAGUGCAGUCACAUAGUAACAGAAACAGUUUUAAUAGUUUUUAACAGGUCUAGUCCAGGCUUACUGGAAUCUGUCACUGACAGUGUUCAGGUAUGUAAAGUGCAGAAUAAAUGUAUUAUAAGAGAUUAAAUUGGCUGUGACAAAUGCAGUGUUGUAAAACAGUACACUUAAAGAAAAGGGGGUCUGAGAUGAUGCUGAAUGCUUUCUUCAGACAUCUUUUGCUGUAGGUGGAGGCAGAGCAGCUCCAGUCAUGAACUGAACAGUUUUUACUACUCGCUGUAGGGCCUUGCAGUCUGUGACUGUAGAGCUGCUGUACCAGCCUGUGAUGUAGGUUAGUGUGCUCUGCACUGUGCAUCUGUAGACGUUGGUCAGAAACCGAGGGCCCAGGUUGAUUUUUCUCUCUCCUUAGAAAACAGAGGUGCUGUUGGGCUUUUCUUAUGAAAUGUGAGGGGUGGACUGAUCAAGCGAGGUCUUCUGUGAUGUGUAAUCCUAGGAAUUUGAAACUGCUCUCUCCUUCCACUGUGGUGCCCUGUAUGCAUAGGGGUGCAUGCUCACCUUUUCUGAAAUCAACAUUGAUUUCGUUCAUUUUACUGACAUUAAAGGGGAAGUUAUUGUUAGUUCACCAUGAAGUGAUUAGAGCUACUUCCUUCCUGUAGGCACUUUGAUCAUUCCCGGUGAUGAGGCCUAUGACUGUCAUGGCAUCAGCAAACUUAAUGAUGUUUUCUAGCCCUUGUC